AAAAAAUAAUGACCAAAGGUAAAACGCUGACCGAGGCAGUGUUUUAUUUCAGAAGCUCAGUUUCGUAAAUAGUUUGGCCACGCGUCUAGAUUGGUAAAUUGUUUGCCAAUUAAGCUUACUUUCGUAAAAAAUCCAUUGAGUGUAUGAUAAUAAGUUCUUUAAAAGCAAAAGUCAUUUUCAUUCCACAAUAAGUUAUAUUAAGACCGUCUCACACGUUAAAAAAAAAAAAAACCAUCUCACCGCGAAUACUUGCCUAUCAAGAAUAUUAAAAAAUUUUGGGAAAAGAAAAGUCAUAUACUCUAAGUCAAGAUCACGAGGCAAAUAAGUCAAAUAUGGAUAGCCAUGAGGUGAAAGUCUUUCUCCACCACUUCUAAAAAAAGUUCACACUAAAGAGACUUGUAUUAACUCCUUAUUUUUUUUUAAUAUUUAUCAAGCUUUUUAAUUUUUAUAGAUGGAUCUAUCAACAAUUUCCAUCCGUCCAUUUACACUUUCGGACGUGGAUGAUUUCUUUAAAUGGGCAAGUGAUGAUGAAGUAACUAGGUACCUUAGAUGGAACACAAUCCUCUCUAAGGAGAAAGCAUUCACGUAUCUUAAGGACGUUGUUAUACCCCAUCCUUUCCGAUGGUCCGUGUGCCUCGACAACCAUUCGAUAGGAUAUGUUUCAGUCCGGCCCGGCUCGGACAAUGAUAAAUUUAGAGCUCAUUUGAGUUAUGCCGUGGCCUCUGAGUACUGGGGCCACGGUAUUUGCACAAGUGCUUUGCGGAAGUAUCAAUAG